AUGAAGUUUGCCGCCGCUCUGUCCGUUGCUUCACUUUACCACUCGACGCCCGAAUUCCGUGACUUCGGCCGUGUUGAGAACGCACCGCCCAUUCUCGAGUUCGACGGCGCUGCAGAAUUCUGGGUACACAACCUGGAGACUUUCCAAUCGAUGGGAAGCGAUCCAGAGUACCUCAACAAGAUUCAGCCUGACGAGGCAAACUUUAUUGACCCAGAAUCAAUCCGAAUGAUCAUAGGGGUAGACUAUAUCGUUGUGGAGAGCCAAAACACGGUCAUGGAGCACGGUCGAUCUUUCUGA